UAUUUUACGUCAUCUCUAAUCGUCUCACGACAUGGCACUUGACGUCCGGGGAAUAUUGUAAAUGAAGGACAUUUGUAUGAGUCUGGACGUUUAAACUGUAUUACUGUCUGUUCUUGUCUUUCACAAUCUGUAAAUCAUGCCUCGAUAUGAACUUGCCCUCAUUGUAAAGGCCAUGCAGAGGCCGGAGACCGCGGCACUUUUGCGGCGCACAGUGGAAACCUUGAUGGAGCGAGGCGCUGUGGUGAGAGGCUUGGAGAACCUCGGAGAGAAACUUCUACCGUACAAGAUAUCGAAACACAACGAGCGACACACGCGCGGUGGAUACUUUCUGAUUGACUUCCACGCUGCUCCCGGUAUUGUCACGGGCUUGCUGGAUCAUCUGGAGAGGGACAUUGACGUGGUGAGGCCUACGGUCUUGAAGAAUGAUCCGGAGCCUUCCAAUGGACCCUGCUGCGGACACCCGGUGGCAUCUAAACACCAGGACACAGUGUAGAAAUUGAACGGUCAUCAUAGGAGUUAUUUCUAGUUGCCCAGCUUCUGUGACACAUUGAGAAGUGGAUCGCAUUUGAUAGCCAGGCUUUAGCCUGGGUGCCGGUCUAUUUCUGCUUCCUUGCCAACAAUUUAGAAAUAGAAGACAGGGUUUUUCACAUCCUGAGGGAAGACUCGCAUCAUGUUCAUUAGGCACCAAACGGAAGAAAAUUGACACACGGAGGCACCGCCUGGACACAGAACCAUCGUUAAAUUACAAUAUAUCAUUGAGUACGUUUUUGGCAUACAAAACAUGUAAACACAUUUUCCUUGGUCAUUCAUACCAUCCAAUAUACUGUAAUACUAUUUCAGUGUUAUCUGCUUUUAAUGGUUGAUUAAAUGACUAAACAAAUUCCAAACUUGUAAAAAA